UCUAAAUUGUAUACAUUCCUGAGCACACCUACAUACCAUGAGCCAGCUAACGGGUGGUCGCUCCCUCAAACGGUUCUCGCUAUUCAACAUGGAACAGAACAGGCUCCAAGGCUGGCUGUCUGUAGCUAACGCCAUUGAGACAGACCAUCUCGACCAGUUGGAAUGGCAGAAAAAGUACGUUGUGCUGGACAAGGAUGAUCGUAAACUGUACUUCUUCAAUGACACUGAGUCUGUGCUAUCGUCAUCUCCCCUCUCUCCGGUCAAGUUCAAUUAUCAAGAUGAUCAGGACGGGACAGCUCCCACUACUCUGCGUAGUAAGAACACCCUCUCUGUCGUUGACCCUCAAUUCAGCAGCUUCCAACGAAACACCAGACAAACCAAAAGUCUAAGAGAUCGAAUGAGAAACACCAUCAGUAAGAGCGUCAAGAAGAGUACCAAGGGGUCAGAGAAUCUGCUACCCCCCUCGACCACUGGUGGGGGGUCAAUGAGAGUGAGUCGAUCACGGAGCUUCGGGAAAGUGGACAAGGUUGAUCAGUGUCUCACUUUACCCAGUGUUGCCUCCAAACUAGGCCACUCUAUGGAGAAUAUUCACAGAGUGAGUAGUCACGGCGUACCUGAGGGACGUAUGCUCUCCCUCGGUGAACACGGCACCUUCUUGAACCUGUCUAUGCGAGGCACGCUGAGUAUCCUACCAGUCCACGCGAGUAUCUCUCCUCGUCACUCGUGUUUCCGUAUCAUCACAGACAGCGACAUCCUCUACGCCUCUUGUGGCUCUCAUCCGGAGCUUGAUAAGUGGCUCACAAACUUGCAGAAUUGCCAGCGUCCUAACAAGAACCACCUUCGCCGACUGGACAGUCAGUUGUCCAUCUGGGUGCUCGAGGCUCGCAACCUCCCACCCAAGAAGAGCUACUUCUGUGAGGUGUCUCUGAAUGGGGUCCUCUAUGCUCAGACCUGUGUCAAAGUUCAGAGCGAGAUUCUCUUCUGGGGAGAGCCUUUUGUCUUCAAUGAUCUUCCGCCGCUGGGUGCCAUCUCUGUGAAGAUCUUCAAAGAGAACUUCAAUCGUAAGAAAAGAGACAAAGUACCGACAACGGACAUGGGCAAAGUGGACAUCCCCGCCCUCGUACUGGAGGGAGGGCAAGUGCUAGAAAAAUGGUAUCAUGUGACGAUACCGACCAGUGGGAAGGGUAGCUCCAGUCAGAAGGAGGUGGUCUCCCUGAGGCUGAAGCUACAGUACCAGGUGGUGUCCAUCCUCCCACUGAAGGCCUACGAUGAGUUCCUCAAGUACCUAGAGUCCAGCUACAGUGUGGUGUGUGAUGUGCUGGAGCCUGUCAUCUCAGCCAGAGCCAAGGAUGACAUAGCCCAGACCCUGGUGAGGAUACUGCAGGUCCAGGGGAAGUCGAAGGACUUCCUCUGUGACAUCAUCAUGGCAGAGGUGCAUCGCACAGAGAAUGAGAACUUGAUAUUUCGCGGAAACACGUUUGCUACGAAAGCUGUGGACACGUACAUGAAGAUGGUGGGAGAAUUGUAUCUUCGUGAGGCGCUGAGUCCGUUCAUCCAGCACCUGCUUGAGUACGAGGAAGACACUGAAGUGGACCCUCUCAAGAUGGUCCCCGGCGCCUCUCUAGCGGCCAAUCAGAUCUCUCUCACCAAACUAGUUAAGAGGGCGUGGCUUGACAUACUCUCAUCUGUCAACAGGUUCCCGAGUGAUCUGAGAAUGGCCCUGAACGCCAUCCGGCAGCGAUUUGGUCCGUCCAAAGAGGACACGUGUUUCAAGCUCAUCAGUGGCUCCAUCUUCCUGAGGUUCCUGUGUCCAGCCAUCCUCUCCCCCAGUCUGUUCAGGCUCUGUCAAGAGUACCCAAGUGAGAAGACAGCCAGGAAGCUCACUCUUGUGGCCAAGAUACUCCAGAAUCUAGCAAACUUUGCCAGGUUUGGUGUGAAGGAGGAGUACAUGUGCUUCAUGAACGACUUUGUUGAGAAUGAAAUCCAGAACAUGAAGGAGUUCCUUAACAAGAUUUCAACCCCAGUGUCCGAGGCUGACCCAGUGGUGUCCUGGACCGGUCGCCAUAUUGACCUGGGACGAGAGGCAUCCAUCAUGCACUCCACACUCACCAGCCAACUCAAGUCCAUGAAACUCCCAGAGUUGCAACUGCAAAAACUGGACUCUCUGGUAGCCUUGCUAAUGCAACUAAGCAAGUCACAGGAGGACGAUCUUGAAGAUCCUUUCUCCUCAACUUUUGAGGCUCUGCGGGUCAUGCAGACAACGAUUAGCACGUUUAAUACAGACAGAGAGAAUUCAGAGAGCUCAUCCGAGUAUAACACUCCCGCUGGUUCCCAGGCAACCUCCCCCGCCCACGAACAGAGCCCACCCCCUCCUGAGGGAGGAGAUACAGCUAAGAACACACUCGGCUCAGCAGCACAGGUGCUGAGCCAGUCCCCUGAGAUCCAACGUUCCAACAGCUCCCCCAGCACUUCUCCCACACACAUCUCACGUCUCGUCACACACUCAAAAUCCUCACAAGACCGCAAUGGGAUUCAUCGACUAUCAGACACGGAGAUACGAGUGAUGGACCGCCUCCCCUCUCGGAAGAUCUCCACCGAUCGCUUUAGUAGAGGAUCACUCAAGCUUGAUGAUCAUGCCACUGUUGCUGAUUUGAGAAUCGAGAAUGUCCACCUGCGCGAGCAACUCGAGUCGCUACGUAAACAGUUGUCACAGCAAAACGAAGAGACGGAGAAAGAAAGCGAUAGAUUACGAAAACUGGAAGAAGACAGACGUCGAUCAGAUCACGAGCUAAAAAAUCUCCGAGACAGUCGAGGCAAAAUUCUUCGUGGGCUCAAUACACAGACUGAAAUUGCUUUGAUCCAAUUCAAGAGAGACUUUGAGCAUCUUCGUAAGCAACUGGCAGCUAAAGAUGAGAUAAUUGCCGUGCAAGAACGGAGGAUAUCAAGUCUGAUAGAGUCCAAUACCACGCUGAGGAGUGGGCUAGAUGAGCUGAAUGCCAUACCACGACACGACGAGAGCGAUAGUGAUGAACUAGACGAGGACGUUCGUGCGAGGAUGGUAGAGUUGGAGCGCUCUGAUCGGAUGGUGAACGGACACGCAAUGGCUAUGUCCACAGGUCCCGGUAGAGAGGGUUCUUCAUUUAAUGCCGAGCUCCAGCAAGUGAUCUCACAGCUUGAGGGGGGGAAGUUUGACUUGUGAUGAACUCAUGCGUAUGGAACUGUAGUUACUUAUUAAUGCGUUUUAUUCAUUUCAUACAAACCCAUUCCCAUGUGUGAUGUGAUAUUGUUUGUAUGUUGUGUGGCAAUGAUUGUAAGAAAAAUUAUAAAAGAAAA